AUGCAUCGAUCUCCGCAUAACUCUAUCUGCGGUGGUACCAGGACUGGAGUUAGGGUGUUGCUGCUCCAUAAGGCCUCGGCCCUCGGGCUAGAUUUGUUUAUCAUAAAACGGCUUGCUUGGUGGCCUCUGGUGGGUGAAAUUUUGGUGGUCAUGUAUUAUCAUCUACUGGAGUGUGGUGAGCUCCUCAAUCCACAAAACUAUCUAUCCGCAGAAGUGCCCCCACACGGGAAGCCGGCCGGUUCACACUUCGAGGCUUGGUUGGAGUCUGAUUUGCAGGAGAAAGCUGGAAGUCUCACGCCACAGGAAGCGGAUCAACAGCGGAAGCAAUUGGUUACCAAACGGGGUCCAUUCUCCUUAGAAAUAUGA